GGUUGACCUUGUGUAAACAGAAAAUGGCACUAGGCAGACGAGGAGGUAGACGGGGUGGCACAAACCUUAGAGGAAACCGAGUAGGGGAUGCACCUAUUGAUGAGCGAGACCAACAUGAAGCAAGAGAGAUUCCAGUUGCACCUCAUGCAGCGGAGAUUGCUGCAACUCGUGCGGAGAUGCCGGUGCUCCGAAACAUGAUGCGGGAGAUUUUGGAGCGACCUGUGUAUGCACCCCCACCACCACCUCCAGCAGUUGCACCUCAUCAGGCAGCACCAGUUGCACCUCAGCAGGUACCACCAAUACCAGCGGUUGUUCCUCCUCAGCACCAUCAGGCACCACCACCGCCACCAGCAACCAGAGUUGAGUAUUCUUACUUUGAGAUAAUGAAGCUCAUGAGUACGAUGGGCACUGAGUAUUUCACAGGUGGAACUGAUCAAGUUCGGGCCGAUGAUUGGAGACAAAUGUUGGAGAAACAUUUCAGGUCAGCAAGAUGCCCAGUGGAGUAUAAGAGGGAUCUUGCAGUGCAUUACUUGAGGGGAGAUGCAGAUAAUUGGUGGAGGAGUGUCGAAAAGAGCUUACCAGUCGGAUAUGUGCCUACUUGGGAGGAUUUUCUUUCGGAGUUCAAUAAGAAAUACUUUCCUCAGGAAGCUAUGGAUCUGCUUGAGUGUGCGUUUUUGGAGCUUCGUCAGGGAACAAAGACUAUUAGGGAGUAUGACGAUGAGUUCACUCGUCUAUUAAGAUUCACAAAGACAGACCAUGGAGAGCCGGAGUUGAUUCGUAGAUUUAUGAGAGGACUAAGGGCUAAUAUUCGUAACCGUUGUUCUAUUAGAGGAUGUACUAGCAGGGUUGAGCUAGUUGAGCAAGCAGCUACGAUGGAGAGGGGACUUGAGGAGGAAGCUAGAGAUCUUAGGAUUACUCAGCAGAGAGCAACUAAGGGAGCAGAAUCACUGAAGCGUACAACAGAUAACCGCGAUGCAGGUUCAGGACAGACUCGUUACUUAAAGUGUACCAGGUGUAAUCGAAAGCAUGGAGGGGUGUGUUGGUUGGAUUCAGGCAAGUGUUUCCAGUGCGGUAAAGUUGGUCAUACUAGAGAAAAUUGUCCAAAGGGAGUGGAUACUUGUAGGAGGUGCGGACAGCGGGGUCACUAUGCACGGGAAUGCACUACGCAAAUGGUAAUGGCGGGAGGACAGCAGCGGAAUCAAAACCGAGGAAUUUUACCACCACCACCACCAAAAAGGCAAGCAGUUGGACCUCGAGUGUACGCAGCAGCGGGCGAGGAUGGAGCAGAACCGAUUUUGGGUGAAAGUGAGAAUCUUGAGUAGCCGCGCAAGUCCGUCUCGUUACUAGUGUUUAUUUUGGGAAACUUGGGUUUUAUUUAAUUU